UGUUACUAGUUUCGUUUAAUCCAUCCGACGUUGAUUUUAUAUACAAAGAGGAAAAGUAAAUUAAGAAAGAAGGUAAUAUAAUAAAUAGAGGCAAAAGAAGGCAAAUUAAAUUGAGGUUUCAUGGUUGGCAUAGUACAUAAUAUUCACAUAGUAAAAACGAAUAAGGCUGUGUCAGAAUACAGAUACACAUACACGUAUGUUUGUGUAGGUGGAGUUGAAAUGCAGAAGAGAAUACCUAGGGAAGAAACGCAAAUAAGCUUGUACUGUGUGUUCGGAAAUGCAGAAUUGCCAUCGUCUCCAGAUCUGGAGGCUGGGCGGUCCAGAAGGGAGAUUCCCGCCUGCGUUAAUUUUAGUUGUGGUGAAAGAGAAGCUAAAAUCAGUGGCAAAAACGCCAUCGGCGGCUGAGCUGGAUGACUUCUUUACGGAGGCAGAAGAGUACGUCCAGAAGCGAUUUGCUCAAAAGUACAACUAUGACAUAGUGAAGGAUGCUCCAAUACAGGGAGGGAGGUACCAGUGGGUUCCUAAUCCUACUUGAUAAUUAAUUUAAAAGACGAAAGCUUUUGUUUGAGGUGGCGAAAAUGAAGUGUUUGUCUUGAGAGUUUAAUCGAUCGCUGGUGUCUAUUUUUCAUUUUUGUUUCUUUGCAUGUGUGCAUGUGGUAGGAUUGAAAACUUUGUCUCUUGCAUUUAAAUGAGUAGGUGAAGACACCAUGAGAAGAAAAGUACCAUGUAGAUCGCGAACAUUCAUACAAAUCGACAAAUUCAUUUUA